UGGGGCUGGCUGGGGAAGUGGGCCCCGGGAGGGGUGGGAGGCUGCAGCAGUUUGGCCAAAGCUCUUGGCUGCUUCAGUAGUUCCCCACUGUCUCUCUUGUAGAACUGAAUCAGUUUGGGAUUCUGGAGUCAGGAAGGUUGAAAAGGCUUCAUUUUUCUUCUUUUGGGGGGAGAGCCAGAAAACCUGAUGGUUUUGGCCUGAUCAUCAUAGAGGGGACGCCAGAAUAACUGGCCUGUCUUGGAGUGGAGCAUGGGUGGGGUAGUUUCUUUUGGCACCUCUCCAGGCUGCUAUUCGUAGAGUUCACCACCUUCCAGAAACAUAGAAGAGCUCCGUGCCCUUUGCAGUGGGGCAGGGGUUGUCCCUAUGGCCCCACAGCGUCUCUGCUCCAUCUCAGCCCCUGCUUCUCCUUUGCCCCCAAACUGUGCUGGCAAUGAUCUCAUCUUUCCUGUACUUUGUCCCAGCCACUUCCUGUGGGGGGGGGGCAAGGGGGGCAGUCCUGAAGCUCAGCUGGAGGCUUUCAGCAAGAGGCAUUCUGGAAUUCCCCCUCUCCCCCUGCCAGGCCAGGCGCCAGGCCAGGGGAGGGGCUCACCCUCCCCACCCUGCAGAUCCUCCCCCACCCACUUCUUUCCUAGCAGGCAGGUGGCCCAGGGGAUGGGAGCCCUGAGGAAGAGAGGCUUCCUCCCCCACCCUGCCUUGAGGGGAGGGGAGGGGCCGCUCCAAGAGGCAGGAAGCUCCUUCCCUGGGGUCUCGGCUUCUGAUAUUGCCGCUGCCAGCAAAAUUAUCUGCCUGGACAUCACUUCCUCACCGCUUCCUGGCUGGGAGGAGAUGAGGAUGGGAACUGGCUCCAGGAGCUUGGAGGAGGCAGGAAGCCCUCCCUGCUGGGCUGGCCACUUCCAGUCCCACUCAGCUGCCUGCAGUGGCCGGCUGGGCUGGGCUGGAUCCUGGGACCGGCUGCCUUGCCAGACCCCACUAAGGGUUGCCGGGGACAGGAGGAAUGUGCCAAUCAUCAGGCCCCACUCAUGGCAUCUAGCCAAGCUCUCCGAAGUCCGGACUGAGGGCACUGCCAUGACCUUUGCUGCUGAGCCCCUGAGUCUCUCCUGGCACUUGGGCUGCAAGACAAGUGACCUGCCUUUGCCGUGGAACCAUCUCUCUCCCCACUGCACCACAGAAAAGAACAGCUCCCUCGGGAGCAUGGAAAGCCUGGACCCGGCCAGCCAGACCUACUAUGAGGGCAGCCUGUCCCCCAUUGACCAGGCCAUGUACCAAAGCAAAAGGGACUCUGCCUACAGUUCCUUCUCGGCCAGCUCGAGCACCUCCGACUCUGCCCUGCGACCUGAGGAGGCCGGCUCCGUGGACGGCGCCCAACCCGGCCAGCUGCCAGAGCCUCGGUAUCUGCAGACGGGAGGAGAGCCUGCAGGCCUGCCGUGCCCAGGUUCUGGUGUCCGGUUAUCCUCCAGCGUUCAGUCGGGCUCUCUUCCCAGCCCUGCCAAAGCAGCUGCCGCUCCUCCCCACCCGCCUGUGAGACAAGACAGUCUGCAUGCGUGUAAUCCCCUGCCAGAAGACCCAAGACCAUCGAUCCACACAGGUGGUUUGUGUCCCGAGAAUCGGUGGAGCUCGGACAUCUCCCUCUGCACACCUGGCCGCGAUUCCCAUGGGCCUGGGGGACAGUUGGCCACCACAGGCCUCCUGAAGGACUCUCCAGUCCCUGACCAGUACUACUUGCUGAGCUCACACACAGAGCCACACCCUGGGAUGAAGAAGAGCCCACAAUCCCCCCCCUCGCCUUUGGCUGAGAGCCCCGGAGACCCCCCUGAAGAGAAGGGGCAUGAGGUGGAGCCGAAUAACUGUGCAGUGCCCCCUUCUUCCUGGAAGACUGGCUGGGCCGGGCCCUUCAGCCAUCGCCACAGCAUCCCAGAACACCUGCUGGUGGCCCAGUUGCAGGCCUUGGAGGUCUCCCGUGGCCAGGAGGGUCCUCGCUGGACAGUGUCUCCUCUGCACAAGGAGCAGAAGGACCUGCAGGCUCCAGAGCCACGUCUAAAUCUAGACCACUGCAGCCAGAAGCCCUGCGAGCCGGCAGAAGAGCUGAAUUCCCCCCCAACCACAGAAGAGGGGCCCCCUUCUCCACGGGGUGCUUGCAUGGCACUGGGGAAGCCCCAGAGCAUCCUCCUGACUGGUUCCCCGCCACUGCCAGAGUUUGGCAAUGCCAGCACCCCCCGGCCAGGCUUCCAGGCAGCCCCCCGUGUGGAUCGUUUGCCAGACACUGAAAGGGGCCUUCCAGCCACCCAGAAGGGCCAGCAUCGCUCUGCACAGAUCCGCCGGCGCAGUGAUCGCUUCGCCACCAACCUGCGGAAUGAGAUCCAGUGGCGAAAAGCCCAACUGCAGAAGGCCAAAGGUCCCGUGGGGCUAGGGUGUGAAGAGGAGCCUGCCCCACAGGCAGAGGAGCCCCCCACCCACACCGCGGCUCCUGCCCUGCCUCCUCCCUUAGGGGAGGGCAGACCUCUUGGCUCCUCUGGGCUGCUGGCUGUUUCCCCCAAGCGGUGGGGCUCUGAGCUGAGCGUGUUUGGGGAGGAGAGAGCCCCAAGCAGCCCCCAGAGGAUGCCUGGGGACCUGGUGCCCAAGGAGAAGCCUCGGCUACCGGCCCACGCGGGAGGAUGGGGAGGCGGCCGCUGGCGCUGGUCCCCGGAGCACAAGCUCCAGCCUCAGGAGUCAGAGCCAGGGCUGUCCUCACAGCUGCCUUUCGACGAACCCGGCCUUUUGCCUUUUGCCGACCGGCGGAAGUUCUUUGAGGAGACAAGCCGCUCGCUGCCCACCAGGCCCUAUGGCUCUCUUCAGGGCAGGCUUGAUGGCACACGGACCCCCGAGGCAGAGAAGCCGGGAAGUGCUGAGCACGAGGACUUCAGGCGUCACUCCCUUGACCAGUCCUACCGGUGCCCACCUUCGCCUCCCAUCUACCAGGAUUUCCAGCCAGAGAUUGUGAGGUUGUGCAAGUCCCUGGCCCGACCUGGAGUGGACACUGAGCAUUGGUGGGCUCUUCCUUGCUCAUGUGCAAUCCGAGAGGCCUGCGCAUACAGCUUUCAGGACGAGUGCGCCAUGCUGCACUCAAGGAGCAUGCCAGUGCCACCCAGCCCCCGUGCCCACCAUUGUCACCCCUGUUCCUGGAGCUGCCGCAGUGAGUGCUGUUGCCCAGGUCAGCAGAAGUUCGUGGAGGAUGGAGGUCCCUGGCAAGCAAGGAAGCCUUUUCAGGUGGAACUCCCCCCGGAUGAAUGGGAGCCCCCAGCUGUGAACAGAGCAAGCAGCCAUGCUGUGAGUCAGCUCCUGCAGCACAAGGUGGCCUUCACCAGGAUCAGCCCCUUCUGGACCUGCUUUGAGCGCACCGAACCGGUUGGGCCCCCUUUCUGCCAGGCCCCAUCCACACACAACCUCUCCUGGGACUGCAAGCAACCAAAGUGGGUCACGGAGAAGGGGGGCUCAGAAGGGGGGUUCAGCGAUCCCCACAAACCCCCCUUGCGUGAAAGGGCCUAUUCGGAGAGCCACCUCUGCACCGAACCUGCCAGAGUCUCUGCAAGGGAGUGGCAAGAAGCCCCAUUGGCCAAGGUGCAGGAGGCGGCACCAAAGUCACCACCAUGCCAAACCAGAAGAAGGGGGCCCCCACCUCCGCGCCCUCCCCCACCCAACUGGGAGAAAUACCGGCCAGCCGCUUCACACCAACACCUUCUCCCUGCCCAGGCCAGCCUGCCCAUUCAUGUGCAGGACUCCUGGGCCCCGGGCCAGCCUGGCUUCGAAGCAGCCAGGGAGCGUUCUCGGAGCCUCCCCGCGGAGCAGCUGUGGCAUAAUAGGCCACAACUGCAGUGCCCGUGGCUGCCUGAUGCAAGACCCGAUGGCGCCCCUUCCCACCCAGGGCAAGACAACCCCCACUACUACUGCCACGGGUCACCACCCCAGACCUGGGAGUGGCUGAUGGCCGAGGGGAGUGCCCCAUCCAGGGCGGCCAAUUCCUCAGAGGGGGCAGCUGCCCAGGAGCCUCCCAGGUUCGUGAAGCAGGAGAUGCCAACCGGCAGCCCCUCAGAGCAGCCCCUUACCUGGCAUCCCCAACAGGGUGUGCCUGUGUCCCAGGAUGCUGCGGGAGAGAGUCACAAAUCAGGGCCGCCACCCUUGCGCCUGAAUUCGGAGGAGCUGAUGAGAGACGUGGCAGGCAAGGACCGCUCUUUGGCUGGAGUGCUGAGCUCUGGUUUUGGACUCCGGUCAGCAGCCGAGGUGAUGAGUGACCUCUUUGCUGAAAGUAGCUGUUCUCUCUGGCCAAGGCAGGACUGGUCACUGCGGGAGAGUGGUCCCAGCUGCCCUGAAAGGCAGCAGAAGUCUCCCCAGUCUGCCACUGGAGGGGGAGCCCCCCACUCCUGCUUGACUUACCUCAACUUGUCAGUGGGCAAGGCUGAGCUGCUGAAUCAAAUAAAGGACCGCUCUGAGUUGGCUGCAGCCUCUUCAGAAGAGGAGCCGGACCAUGACCUGGCUCAGAAGAAGGUGCAGCUGAUCGAGAGCAUUGGACGGAAGCUGGAGGUGCUGCAGGAGGCCCAGCAGAGCCUGCAGGAUGAUCUGAGUGCCAAUGCGGCCCUUGGCAGAGAGGUGGAGAAUUACAUCAAGGGAGCCUGCAAGCCCCAUGAAUUGGAGAAGUUCCGCCUCGUCAUAGGCGACCUGGACAAGGUGGUUAACCUUCUGCUCUCGCUGUCCGGGAGGCUGGCCCGAGUGGAGAACGCCCUCAGUGGCCUGAAUGUGGAGGAGGAAGAAGAGGAGGAGGAGGAGAAGAUGGCCCUCCUGGAGAAGAAGCGGCAGCUUACAGCGCAGCUGGAGGAUGCCAAGGAGCUGCAGGAGCAUGUGGGUCAGCGGGAGCAGCUUGUCUUUGCCACCGUCUCACGCUGCCUACCCCCUGAGCAACUGCAAGACUAUCAGCACUUCGUGCGCAUGAAGUCUGCCCUGGCAAUCCAGCAACGGCAGCUGGACGAUAAGAUCAAACUGGGUGAGGAGCAGCUGCGUUGUCUCUGGGAGAGCCUGCCUCGGAGACCCAGGAAGCCCUAGAGGAACCAGGACCCCACUGGGAAGGGCUGGCUGCAAACUGCAGGGCCUCUGCAGCCUUCUGUCCUCUGGAAAGAGAUUAUGCCUUUUGCCAAAGAGCUGUGUCUGCUCCUGCCCUUUCCGGCCAAGGAAGAAGGGGUCACCUGCGUGCCUUUUGCCACAAAGAUCCCUGCAGUUAGGAUUCAGAAAAGACAGCUGCGGGAAUCCUGAGUCCCUGGAAUGAGGAGGCAGUGGGGUCCUCGCAGCCUCUCCGCAAACUACCCGGCUGGCCAGACAAGGUGACCCUGUUCCUUCUAGGGGCCACGCAGCCUUGCAUGGACAAAGUCUCCCUCUCACAAUACUUUCCAAGCUCACUUUGGGGACCUGUUGCUCACCUUAAGUGCCUACAAGCCUCAAAGGUGCCUUUUCUGUCUCUCCAUGUUAUUUAUUUUGCGCUGUUGCUAUGUUAGAGUUUGUUUCCAAGUGAAAUGUGGGUUGGGCGAGGGCCUGCACGGGCUAUUUUGGAGCCCAUGUCCUCAGCGGCUUCCCCAGAGACUCCUGCCUUGGCCAGUGGCAUCGCAUCUUUGUUGCGUCCUGCCCGUAUCCCCAACUAAGCCCUGGGACUACUGCUUCAGUCUUCCCAUGGAGGGGACCGGGCUGAGAGCAGCAGCAGCCGCCAACUUCACAAGUCUCACCUUGCCCUUCUGCUGUGGCCAGGCCUGAGUGGGCUCAGGUGGUAGCUGUCCAGCAGCAAAACUGGGCCAGGGAGUUGGCGUGGGAGAUGCCCCCUGCAGCAGCAGGGUCAGGUGAGGAUCAGGCCUGGAAAAGCCUGGCUUUGCAGUGGGGUGUGGUCAGACCCCUACGCCAGCGAUGAUGGAGGGACAGCAGGCAUAUACCCAAGCCUGCCUUUCUCAUGAGCUACAGACUGGCUGCCUUAAUUUAUCCAUGGGAUCAACGGGCAAUCCAGCCCCACUUACCAGCUCUUUCCCUCAGCCUUGGCCAGACAGCCCUGUCCUGUGAAAGGGUCUCCUUCCAUGUUCCUGGCAUGGCCUAAAGCUGAAAUUCCCUGGCAAGAACGCUUGUGGGUGGGGGAAUCGGGAGUGGAUAACAAGGACUUCUCUUCCUACCUCUCCUGUAUCCGCGGCAGAGGAAUGUCUUGGGAUCCUGCCAUGGCUAUUGUAACCCUAACAUCCUCUUCCUCUCCAUUGUCCUUGGCCCAGUGCAGGAAGCCAAGUCUGCCUGGCUUAACCUCUUCAGCGCUGGGCUGCCUGGAACUCACGGUUCACUUGGAGGAAGGGGAAUAAGACCAGGUAUGGGCUGCCUUAGCAUUCUGGGCCUUGAGAGGAGUGAAAAUCCCACUGCCUGGGCUCCGGACAAGCAAGGAAGGAGGGAGAUACAGUUUUUCCAGACCAGCUUCUUAACCUGCUGCCCUCUAGAGCUGGGACUGUAGCUCCUGAACACUCCAGGUCAUCAGAAGGUUUGAUGCUUCCCGCCUUAGGCUCCUAAGGAGGGGCUCACCAUCCUUCCUCUGAAGGGCUGAGCUGGCCUUUAUUCUUCUGGAAAAUCUGGGCUUUGAGGGACUUGAACGCCUGCCAGUUGGUACCUUCUGGAAAAGUAGUUGGAUACGACAGCCCAUAAUCACCAAUGGGCCCCUUGGUAGUUGUUCUUGGUUUCUCCUUUAGCCCCCGCUGGUCCUGGAAUGGCCCUGGGAGUGGGUGCGAGUCCACCAUUUUGGAAGCUGGAAUGGGGAGACAGCAGCCAAAGUUACAGGUCAGCCUCUUUGUGCUUUUCCCAGGCAGAUCUUGGAAAUUUGGCCUGUCUUCUCCAACCUGACCUCCUGCUGCCUGCUCCCCACCCCCCAAGUAUUUCUGGCUUGCUCAAGCCCAAAGUCUUUUGUGGGGAGUUGGCUGUAAGUGUGGUGCAUUUAUGUGCACUGAAAAGAGGUCAGGUUGCCCAGUCACUCUCCAGGCCCAGCGUCUGGCUGUCCAACACGGGGCUCUGCAUCAAGUGGGAAGGAUCUCUGUGCAACCAGGGACCUUGGCGAUUAUCAGCUUCCCCUUCCUCCUCCUCUUCCAUGUCUCCCACCUGCCGUUCCCUGUACUUAUUGGUAGGAACAGGGUUGUUCCCUGCCCACUUCUGCCCCUCUCCCUGCCUGGCUUGCUCUGAGCAGCUGCUCUUCCCAAGCAGCCCCUCCUCAGCGCAGGUGGAACCCAAGUACCAACUCUGGAGGCAUGUUGCUAUGUGAUUAAAUGCUUGAGUUGCUGGCUGUAAUUUUGUGCUUCCUACACACCAAAGAAUCUAUGGUUCCUGUCCAACAUUUCCACAGCAAGAUCUCUUCAGUUGUGUUUCCAAAGGCACCACCACCUCCAGCAGCUUGUGCCUUGGGUAUGGUUGCAAUUAUGGGAAUGGGGGAAAAAAUCAGAAUCACGUGUUGCAUUAAAUUGGUGCUAACUGGG